AUGACGUUGUUUUCUCGCUUCUUACAGCUCCUAUCGCUGCUCCUUCUCACUUGCGCAGUGACCGCCGAGCAUACCUCCAACUGGGCGGUGCUGGUUUCCACCUCCCGAUUCUGGUUCAACUACCGUCACCUCGCCAAUGUCCUAUCCCUCUACCGAACCGUGAAGCGGCUCGGCAUUCCCGACUCACAAAUCAUCCUCAUGCUCCCCGAUGACAUGGCCUGCAACCCCCGCAAUGCCUUCCCUGGAACUGUAUACAGUAACGCCGACCGUGCGGUCGACCUGUACGGCGACAACAUUGAGGUAGACUACAGGGGUUACGAGGUGACGGUGGAGAACUUCAUUCGCCUUUUAACCGACCGGCUCGAUGAAGAUGUGCCACGCAGCAAGAGACUCGGAUCUGAUGCGGGUAGUAAUGUGCUUGUAUACAUGACCGGACACGGAGGCGACCAGUUCCUCAAGUUCCAGGAUGCGGAGGAGAUCGGCGCAUGGGACUUGGCCGACGCAUUUGGUCAGAUGUGGGAGAAGAAGCGCUACCAUGAAUUGUUGUUCAUGAUCGAUACUUGUCAAGCAAACACGAUGUAUACCCACUUCUACUCGCCCAAUAUCGUUGCAACAGGUUCCAGUGAACUCGACCAGUCUUCUUACUCCCACCAUGCGGAUAACGAUGUCGGAGUUGCGGUCAUUGAUCGCUGGACCUACUAUGUGCUUGAAUUCCUCGAAACGCAGGUAACUAGCGCCAAUUCAAAGUUGAACCUCGGUGAUCUGUUUGACUCCUAUGACGAAUCGAAAAUCCAUUCACAGCCCGGUGUGCGAUGGGACUUGUUCCCCGGCGGCGAACAAGAAGGCCGCCUUCGGACUGUGGUGGAUUUCUUCGGUAAUGUCCAGAAUGUUGAGGUGGAGAAUGCCAACGCAAGAGAGCCUGGUUCUCUCAAGGAAGACCUGGCUGAGAUUGCGCGACUGGUUGAGAAGUGGCAGAAUCGCGAUGAGGAGUACUCCGCCAUUAUCAACAACUCAACCGAGCAACAGGCAGACUCGCCUUCUGUGCAUUUGCCCCGGAAGAAACCCGUUGGGCCAACCCGAAUGACAGACGAGAGCAGCUGGGGCAAGCGCCUGGUUGGACUGUCUGUGGUGGGGACGUGCACUGCGAUCUGGGUCGCCGGUUCAUAUCUUGGUCGCUCUGUGGUUUAA